CUCAUAUUUUCCGAAGUAGAAACAGCAUACAGUGACUGCAGAGUCCUACUUGAACACAAACUCGGAAACCCCCAGCGGAGUGCAAAAACACGACACCCCCUCUCUUCAGUAACUCAGUUCGACGAUUUGAUGAACCACGCAAUCCGAUUGAUUGAUUGCACUUGAAGGAGAAGAAGAUUUAGUUGAGAGUGUGAUGGAUCAAGAAAGGAGAACAAAUAAGUUACUUGCAAACAAAAACAGUAUUCUAUACAUGGACCUCAAGGACAUCAUUAAGAACCAUGCCCUCGAGUUUCUACCUGCUAAAUCACUUCUCAGGUUCACUGGAGUUUGUAGGGACUGGAAGCUCGAUAUCAAAACUCCUUUCUUUGCCCACAAGCAGUCAAAUAGUUUUCGUGGAAUAUCGGGAUUCUUUUAUCAAUCCAAUGCAGGCCCUCCUUCAUUCAUCUCUAUCAAUCCGAAUGCAUAUGGUGUUCCAGACCCAUCUCUGAAGUUCUUGCCUGAGCCAGUUGACAUACGAGCUUCUUCGAAUGGAUUACUUUGCUGCCAGGGACGUGAUGGCUAUAAGGCUUACUACAUUUGCAAUCCUGUUACAAGGAAGUGGACAAAACUUCCCAAGCCAAACGCGGAUCACGGACAUGACCCUGCUAUUGUUCUCAUCUUUGAACCUUCUCUGCUCAAUUUUGUGGCCGAGUACAAGCUCGUGUGUGCUUUUCCAUCAGUUGAUUUCGACAAUGGAUAUGAAUUCGAGAUUUAUUCCUCUAGGGAGGAGUCUUGGAGGGUUUCCGGUGAGAUUUUCUUCGGCAAGAGCACUCUCUUGCCAAGAUCCGGUGUUCAUGUGAACGACAUAGUUUAUUGGCUGGCAUUGAAUGGUCAGAUUCUUGUUUUUGACCUGAAGAUGGAGCGUGCGCAACAACUUAACAGAGGAUAUGGGACCCUUGGUAUGAUGGAUGGAAAGCUUUGUUCUACGUUUUCUCAACCUCCCACACUAGUUGUACGAACGUUGUGUAAUGCGUACACAAACACAAUGGCGAUGGGCAGCAAUGUCGAGCCAUGGGUAAUGAAACAUCAGAUCAAACUGCCCGCUCCGAUGUCAUCUGGAACCGGUUAUGGUCUAAAGUCUCGUAGUGUAGUGUUUGGCAGUGGAAAUGUGAUCAUGUUUCGGGGUGGCGGAAAAAUGCACGUUUACGACAUCAAGACUAAAGAAAUUCAAUGUGUUUGUGAUGAACUUAAUUCGAGUGGGAGGCUUGUUUCUCACGUGAACAGUCUUGUGGAGCUCUAGCUGGUGUGCAAGGCAUGAAGAAGUUGGGUGGUUUUGUUUUGAACUAAAUAGUAAAUAUGCUUUUCUUUUGGUCAAUAAUUCGUGAACUGCUUAUUUCUAAUUAGCUGUGUUUUUUUAGCCAAAACAUAUGAAAGUAGAUUGGAAGCUUCUUGGAUUUGAGUUGAUA